ACACCGCCCCCCCCCCCCCCCGCCGGCGCUGCCAUCGCUGCCCAGGACGAUGGGAGACCCCUUCGGCCGCUGGAGCGGCCCCCCGUCCCAUAGCGACACCGAAGACAGCUCCCACCUCCACCACUCCAACAGCUUUGCCCGUCCCAGCGGGAAAAGCAUCUUCAACCAGCGCAAGGACUACAGCCAGAGCCUGCUCAAACCCCAAAGCAAUUUCCAUCACCAUGUGGAGCACCUGCUCACCAUGCGGCUGGACAGGGACAUCCGCAGCACCGAUGACUGCCUGGCUCGCCUGAAGGCGCUGGAGGCCCAGGGCCGGGUCUGGGGGCAGGACCUCAUCCUGCACGUCAAGAACCAGGAGCUGGUGCUGAGCGAUGUGGAGAGCAAG